GGGACGGGGCAGGCUGGUAACCGGGCUGUAACGGGGAUAACCUGCAGCCUCCGUCUCUCAGACGCCCAGAUGGAGUGAACCGGGCAACAAUGCGCUUUUAUUUCCUUCCUCUGUCGAUCAUGGAAAGGGUUCAUCUGGCAGCUCUGUGAAGCUUGGACCCAGGGAUCAAAGGUCAUCCACCAAACCUGUACCUCUCCCUUUUAUCCCUGCACCCCAUUUUCACCCCCUUCCCCUAACCACUGGAACUGCCAUCUUAUAUUUCCCCUCACAAAUCCACACCUCCCCUUUUGCCUCUGAGUCUCAGCAAGCCAUCUUAAGAGGAACCCCCCCCCCCCCUCACUCUCAAACAAACAAAAUACCUGUUGUGCUUUUCAUGACGAGAGAUCAGCUGCUUAGCCGGGCCUACUAGUCAUCUCCUCAGAUAACGGCUCUCACACCCAGGCCUCAAGAUGAUGUGCGAGGUGAUGCCCACCAUCUCAGAGGACGGACGUGGCGGAGGAGGAGGUGGUUCGUCUUCCCCUGCGAGUGGUGGAGGAGGGAUGGGCAGCGGGAUGGGAGGCAUGGGGGGCUACGGCAGCCGGGAUCCCCGCAGUUCCGGGGGCGGAGGAGGCGACGAAGGGGGGAGCACGGGCAACCUGGAGUCGCUGAUGGUGAACAUGUUGACGGAAAGAGAGAGGCUGCUGGAGAGCUUGAGAGAGACACAGGACAGUCUGGGGACGGCGCACCUUCGCCUGCGAGAGCUGGGACAUGAGAAGGAGUCUCUGCAGAGGCAGCUGUCCAUUGCCCUGCCACAGGAGUUUGCAGUGCUGACCAAAGAGCUGAACCUCUGCCGGGAACAGCUGCUGGAGAGGGAGGAGGAGAUAGCAGAGCUGAAGGCCGAGCGGAACAACACACGACUGCUGCUCGAACAUCUAGAGUGUCUGGUGUCCCGCCACGAGCGCAGCCUGAGGAUGACGGUGGUGAAGAGGCAGGCCCAGUCUCCGGCCGGGGUCUCCAGCGAGGUGGAGGUACUGAAAGCCCUAAAAUCCUUGUUUGAGCACCACAAAGCUCUGGAUGAGAAAGUGCGGGAGAGGCUACGGGUGGCUUUGGAGCGAGUGGCGGUCCUGGAGGAAGAGCUGCAGUCUUCCUCUCAAGAGGUUGUAUCUUUAAGGGAACAAAUCAAACGACGGCAGCAAGGACUGGAGAAUGGCAAAGAGCGGCUUCCGAACGGGCCGUCCUCCAUCUUGGAUGACGGCGACAUCGACCGGCAGAGAGAAGGCGAGAUCGAGCGACAGAGGUCAGAGCUGGGGCAACUGAAAGAGAGACUGGCCCUAAUGUGCAGACAGGUGGGGGAGAUUGAGGAGCAGCUGACAUCCGCCAGGAGGGAACUGGCUCGAUCCGAAGAGACCAAUCAGAAGUUACAGAGGGAUUUGAAAGAGGCCCUCUGUCAAAGGGAAGACAUGGAGGAGAGGAUCACCACAUUAGAGCGCAGGUACCUGAGUGCCCAGAGGGAGGCGACGUCUCUCCAUGACAUAAAAGAUAAACUGGAAAAUGAACUGGCCAGCAAGGAAUCUUUGCACAGACAGAGCGAAGAGAAGAACCGGCAGCUUCAGGAGCGUCUGGAUGAUGCCAAACAGAAGCUGCAGCAAACCCUGCAGAGGGCCGAGACGCUGCCUGAGAUUGAAGCCCAGCUUGCACAGAGAGUGGCAGCACUCAACAAGGCUGAGGAGCGUCAUGGCAACUUUGAGGAGCGGCUGCGACAGAUGGAGGCGCAACUGGAGGAGAAGAACCAGGAGCUACAGAGAGCGAGGCAGAGGGAGAGGAUGAAUGAUGAACACAACAAGCGGCUCUCUGACACUGUGGACAAACUGCUGUCUGAGUCCAACGAGAGGCUGCAGCUCCAUCUGAAGGAGAGGAUGGCCGCCCUGGAGGAAAAGAAUGCCCUGUCUGAGGAGCUGUCCAACAUGAAGAAGCUCCAGGAUGAUCUGUUGGCAAACAAGGACCAGCUGAUAGCAGAGCUGGAGCGGAUUCAGCUGGAGUUAGAUCAGCUGAGAGCGAGGCCUGGAGGCUCUUACUCCAGUCGCUCUCUACCCGGUAGCGCCCUGGAGUUGAGGUAUUCUCAUGGAGGCGGGUCUCUCCCAGCAGGCUCCACCACCCACCUGGAUGCCUUUGGUAAUGCCUCUGCCGGUGGUGUGGUUAUGCGAGGCCAUCGGACCCGCUGGAGCUCUGCGCGUGAGGACUCCAGCAAGUAUCCAGACUGGGAGAGCGGGCCUCUGCUGAGGACCGGGUACGAGUCUGGCUUGGAAGUGGGCUGCUCAGACGAUGAAGAUGACGGAGAGCAUCGAUUUGGCUCAGAGCUUCUGUCCCCCAGCGGACAGACAGACGUGCAGACCCUGGCCAUCAUGCUGCAGGAACAGCUGGAGGCUAUCAAUAAGGAAAUCAAGCUGAUCCAAGAGGAGAAGGAGAACACGGAGCUGCGUGCUGAGGAGAUCGAGAGCCGUGUCAGUGUGGCGUUGGACAGUCCGCCCGUUCCUCCCUCCUCACUGGGAAGAGACAGUACAGGACGGGGUUUCAUCCCAUCAUCCAUCACGUCCUCCACUUUGGCCUCCCCGUCUCCCCCCAGCUCUGGGACCUCCACCCCUCGUCUGCCUCACUCUCCGGCCCGUGAGACUGAUAGACAGAACAACAAAGAAGAUGAUCGAUCCCUCGCUCUUCUUGACUCAACGCCUCCUCCCACUCCUCGUGCGCUUCGAUUGGACAGAAUGACCCUCACCCAUCCGGGGGCGAUGCUUGACGACCCUCGGGAGUUUCGCAGUCUUUCUGCAGAUGGCAGCAGCUCCAACAGCAGCCAAGACUCUCUCCACAAGUCCAGUAAGAAGAAAAGCAUCAAGUCUUCCAUUGGUCGUCUUUUUGGAAAAAAGGAGAAAGGAAGGAUGGGCCAACCUGGACGUGAUGGAUCUGCUUCUCUUGCAUCUACACCCUCUGAAGACCUGGCCUCUGGAGAUGCAAUUGGAAUAAACAAGACAGGAACUCUUGGUCCAGCAGAUAAAGACCGUCGCAGCAAGAAGAAGCAUGAGUUACUUGAAGAAGCCUGUCGCCAAGGACUCCCUUUUGCAUCCUGGGAUGGACCUACUGUUGUGUCUUGGUUGGAGCUGUGGGUGGGAAUGCCUGCCUGGUAUGUUGCAGCAUGCCGUGCCAACGUGAAAAGCGGCGCAAUCAUGGCCAACCUGUCUGACACAGAGAUCCAAAGGGAGAUCGGCAUCAGUAACCCGCUGCACCGCCUCAAACUGCGGCUUGCCAUCCAGGAGAUGGUGUCUCUCACCAGCCCGUCUGCCCCGGCUAGCACUCGAUCUUCCACGAGUAACGUGUGGAUGACCCACGCAGAGAUGGAGUCCCUGAACGCCGCCACCAAACCUCCGGAGCUGAAAGAAUUUAGCUGGGAUCAGAUACUGGCCUAUGGUGAUAUGAAUCAUGAGUGGGUGGGCAACGACUGGCUGCCUAGCCUGGGUCUGCCCCAGUAUCGCAGCUAUUUCAUGGAGUCCCUGGUGGAUGCCCGCAUGCUGGACCACCUGACCAAGAAGGAGCUGAGAGGACAGCUAAAAAUGGUGGACAGCUUCCACAGGGUCAGUUUGCAUUAUGGCAUCAUGUGCCUGAAGCGCCUGAAUUACGAUCGCAAGGAGCUGGAAAGAAGGAGAGAGGAGAGCGCUCACCAGAACAAAGAUGUGAUGGUGUGGUCCAAUGAGCGUGUGAUGUGCUGGGUGCAGACCAUUGGUCUAAAGGACUACGCCGACAACCUCCGUGAGAGUGGCGUCCACGGUGCGCUCUUGGCUCUAGACGACACAUUUGACUACACUGACCUGGCCCUGCUGCUACAGAUCCCCAAUCAGAAUACACAGGCCAGACAGCUCCUAGAGCAAGAGUACAACUCCCUCAUCUCCAUGGGAACUGAGAGGCGACCCGAUGAGGAUGGAAGUAAGACGUUCACCCGCUCACCCUCCUGGAGGAAGAUGUUUAGGGAGAAAGACCUUCGGGGCGUGACCUCUGACUCCGCCGAGACCCUGCCCGCUAACUUCCGUGCCUCAGCCAUCUCCACACCCUCCGUUACCCUGAGAAAGGUCCAGAGUGACGCCAGCUCUGGUGCCCGGGGUGAAUCUGCCUCAGUGAGGACAUACUCCUGUUGAGGGGCUGAGGGCGCUGACUGGGAUUGAACUAGAGGACCCUCUCGCUCAUCCACGGAGAAAGAAGCAAUUAAUAUAACCAUUUAUCUUUAAAAUAAACCUAUCCGUCUGAACAUUCUGCAAUAACAGAAGCAAAGGAAUAAAGGGGGAAAAUGACAUGAAGAAUGUAUGAAUGUACUGUCAGACUUGGAGGGUUGAAUGGGAUCAGCUGUUUUCUCUCUCGGUCUUUUUCUUCCUGUCCUUCUGUCUCUUCUCUAACUCUGUAAGUGUAACUGUGUUGUGGGGUGAAUAAAAGGCAACGGCUGUGUUGGUUAGGUCGGCGUGCAGGAUUCCUGUCGGUGUUUGCACACAGUCAGCAGAGUUUGCAAUAUCAGGGCUCAUUUUCCUACCUUCAGAGGAAACCUCUCGCUGCCAUUUAUCGUCUUAAAAAACAACAAAACGUGUCGCCUUACAACUUCUGCUCAACAAUAUGUGUUAUUUCAUGAGGGUCUGGGCAGAAGUUAAACCUCGCUCUCAAAAGGGUGGGAGGGGACU